AUGAUUGAGCAAUUUGCGGGUCUAACCGACCCGGAAGAUCAUAUGGCCACUUACAAGGCCCAGAUGAGUGUGCAGACCAACUGCGAGGCAACAUGGUGCCGGUUCUUCCCCACCACACUAAAGGGGCUCGCGCUAAAUUGGUUUCAAGAGCUGCAGGCCGAAAUCAUCACUGAUUUCACGGUACUCGAAGAUAUGUCUACCCAUCAGUUCGUGGCCGAAAAGAGGCAAAAGAAGACUAGCUUGCACCUCAUGGGGGUCAAACAAGAAAACAAUGAGAGUCUAGCCGACUACAUAAAAAGAUUCAAAGAAGAAUCUCUGAAGGUGUCUGAUCAACAGGAUGCAGUAGCGUUCGUUGCUCUCAUGUCCGGGCUGCAGCCUAGCCGGCUCAAAUGGACGUUAGCCGAAAGCGAGGUGAAAACCUUCUCAAAGGCCAUGGCGAGGGCCCAGAGAUUUAUCCAAGCGGCGGACAUCUGUCGUCACUCGGAAGAAGGAAGUAAGAAGAGAAAAGAAGAGGGCGGCCAUAGGGAUCAGCCAGAUUUACAGACCAUGGGAACGACCCCCGUUUCAAAAAGAAUCAGAGAGAAAUUUAUUUGGACAUCAAAAACAAGUCUAUGUUACCUCAUCCCCCGCCUAUCCGAACCUCGGCCUAUCGGCGAGAUAAGACCCAGUGGUGCGAAUACCACCGAGAAUGUGGUCAUACCACAAAAGAUUGCAGAGAGCUGA